AUGCCUAACCCAGUCAACACCGAGCAGAUCCUGAGGGACGUCAACAUCCUCGGCCCUCUGAAUGACCAGACCCGCCAGAUCCUGUCCAAGGAUGCCACCGUUUUCCUCUCCGUCCUUCACCGUACAUUCGACAGCCGACGCAAGGCUCUUCUCGAGAGAAGACAGAUUCGCCAAGCUGAGCUCGACAAGGGUGCGCAGCUAGACUUCUUGCCAGAGACGAAGCACAUUCGCGAGAACGAUGCGUGGAGGGGCGCGAAGCCGGCGCCUGGCCUGGUGGACAGGAGACUGGAGAUCACCGGCCCCACAGACAGGAAGAUGGUUGUCAAUGCGUUGAACUCGGAUGUCUGGACAUACAUGGCAGACUUUGAGGGCAAGUAGCUGCAAAGAAGACUCACGGGGAUAUCAGCUCUAACAUUCAACAGACUCAAACGCGCCCACGUGGGACAACAUGAUCAAUGGCCAAUUGAACCUGCACGACGCGAUUCGCAGGCAGGUCGACUUCAAGCAGGGCGAAAAGGAAUACAAGCUCCGAACAGACCGUGCUCUGCCAACGCUCAUUGCCCGUGCUCGCGGUUGGCAUCUAGAGGAGAAGCACUUCACCGUGGAUGGUGAGCCAAUUUCCGGAAGUCUCUUCGACUUCGGUCUCUACUUCUUCAACAAUGCCCACGAGCUUGUCAAGCGUGGUGCUGGUCCAUAUUUCUACCUUCCCAAGAUGGAGAGCCAUCUUGAGGCGAGGCUUUGGAAUGAUGUGUUCAACCUGGCGCAGGACUACAUUGGCAUGCCACGGGGAACCAUCCGAGGAACGGUCUUGAUUGAGACCAUCACUGCCGCGUUUGAGAUGGACGAGGUGAGUGACGAAGACUUGUUUGGAGUUGCGGACGAAGCUAAUCCUUGAUUGUCAGAUCAUCUACGAGCUCCGCGACCACUCUUCCGGCUUGAACUGCGGUCGAUGGGACUACAUCUUCUCGGUGAUCAAGCGUUUCCGCCAGAACAGCCAAUUCGUCCUUCCCGAUCGUUCCGCCGUCACCAUGACUUCGCCUUUCAUGGAUGCCUACGUCCGUCUUCUGAUCAAGACCUGCCAUCGCCGCGGCGUGCACGCCAUGGGUGGUAUGGCCGCUCAGAUCCCAAUCAAGAACGACGAGGAAGCCAACACGAAGGCCAUGGACUCUGUGCGUGCCGACAAGCUGCGUGAGGUCCGUGCCGGCCACGACGGAACCUGGGUCGCCCACCCGGCUCUCGCUAAGAUCGCCGGCGAGGUCUUUAACGAGCACAUGCCCACGCCAAACCAGCUCCACGUCCGUAGGGAGGAAGUCCAGGUGAACGCCAACGACCUCCUCAACAUGAAUGUGCCGGGUGGCAUUACUGAGGAGGGCAUCCGCAAGAACCUGAACAUUGGGCUGGGAUACAUGGAAGGCUGGCUCCGUGGUGUGGGAUGUGUGCCGAUCAACUACUUGAUGGAGGACGCUGCGACCGCCGAGGUCUCUCGCUCACAGCUGUGGCAAUGGAGCAAGCACGGCAGCACCACCAACGAAGGCAAGAAGAUCGACAAGCAGUACGCGCUCAAGCUGCUGUACGAGCAGGCGGACAAGCUCGAAAAGGAGGGACCCAAGGGCAACAAGUACCAGCUCGCUGCGAAGUAUUUCGCAACCCAGGUCACUGGUGAGGAGUACGCCGAGUUCUUGACAUCGUAAGUUUCCCCGCAAACCAAUAAUCGGUGAAUUAUAUGCUAACAUACCUGCAGCUUGCUAUAUAACGAAAUCACGAAUACGGGCGAGAAGCUUCCAGCCGCGAAGUUGUAA